UCAGAGGUCCAGAGCCAGCAUCAUGAAGUGGUUGCAUCUCCAGCUGCUGCUGCUCCUCGGCGGGGUGGUCCUCCCAGUGUCGGGGAAAUUGAAAGACAGAGUUCAUUUUGAAAUUGAAUUUCUGGAUUACCUUUUAUCAAAACCAAAAAUAAAAUCCUGUCCCAAGACCCCUACUGCCACACAGUGUGGGACCCCCUGCAAGAUACACCUGGAGUGCCCUAUUGACCAUCUUUGCUGCGUCGCCGUCUGUGGAAAAGUCUGCAUGCAAGUUGAAGACAUGGAGAACGAAAAUCUGGGAUAGAAGAUCAGCAACAUGGUUUAGGGCUGAACACGAAGUGCUGAGCCCUAAACCACGGCCAAGUCCCUGUCCUUGCGCUCACACGCCACAGGAACGAAGGGAUCCGACUUCAGGACUGAAGCCAGAAGACCUGGGAACUGGCUGGCUCGCUCUGGAGGCUACAAGUGGAUGAUGACGUCUGGGAUGUAGCCUUCUGAAUCACCUCUUUAAAAGUCCCCUGCUCCCCCCCAACAGAGUCACAGCCUCUGGGACCGGAGUCCCCUGUUUCUCCUCUGCAUGCAAAGCAAUAAA